UAGAAGUAUAAAUAAAUGUGUAAUUGAAUCCAAAUUCCAAAUAAACUUUUAUCUCUUCUUAAAGCCUUAUUUCCCAUAACAAUGAACUUAUAAAGUUACGAAAAGCGUUGUACAUGAAAAAAAAUAAUUAUUACGAUUUGCCUUACGGCUUAGUUUAGGAUCCCUGUUCAAACUGAAAGCACAAAUAAACCUCAAAUAACUCCCACAUACUUUGAGCAUUAUUUAAUAGCAUACAUUUUGCAUUUUAAUUACUCUCCCAUACUUAUUGUUAUGUCAUAGUAUCCUUUGAAAAAGAAAAGCUACCAAAAAGAAGAUUUUUUUAAAAAAAAAAAGAAAUAAAAAGAAGAAACCUCUACCAUUGUCCCUGCUGCAACAAAGGAACAGUUCUACUCGAGUAUAAAAAUGUCAUUUCUUGAGAUUCGUCCGUUUGUAGUAACGGUAAAUUAUACCCAAAAUUAAUUCAUAUUACACAUAGCGGGUCUCGAAAAAGCAUGUAAAAUGCUUCUUACUUUUAGAUGGUACUUGUAAUAUGCAACAAUGGGAAUGAUCUUUUCAAGAUUUUUUCUCCUUUGCAUCAAAGAAUAAGGUAUAGCAGAUAGUGUGAUUGUGCAAUCCUACUCUUCGUAAAGGUUCUUAGUCAGAUGAUUUCAGUUACGAGACAGACUUAUUUUGGAUAUUGAAUUCAAUGACAAUGUACGAGAAACGGAAUCACGGCCAACACCGGUACACCAGUCGAAAAUGGUUUGCCCCCCAAAGAGGACUAGGUCCUCCACUCUAUUUGAAAUACCAAAGGAAGUACAAUAAGGGAAAGUGGGCGGAAGAAGAUCUACGCGUGGCGGUUAAAGAGAGCCUUCCAACUAUACAGAUAGAUACCGUGCCAUCACCACUUUCUAGUCCAACAGAACUAUCUCCUGUGUCAGCUCAAAGCAAUGAAGAAAUCUUAGAUGCCAGUCACAUAGACAUCGAGCUGGAAGAAGUGCAGCCACCUGAAUCUCAAUCUGAUGAUCUGAGGGAAUCGCUCAAAAGUUAUAUUGAAGAUAUUUUAUCCAAAGCCAUGGUUGUUGCUGAAAAAAAAAUUGAAUUAGUCGACUUUGGCGGAGAUAAUGAGACUGAAAAUGAAAGGGAAAAAGAUUCUACGGCUCCCCAACAGUCGCCGAUGAUGGAACCAGAAGAGAAGAUUUCAGGAGAACCGGAUGACGAUGAAAUUAGAGCAGCAGCCGAGAAAGUCGUAGAAGAGGUCCUCUCUAAAGCUCAAGAUACUGUUAUAGAACAAAUGGAACAAUUUGAGAAAGAAAUUGCUGCGUUAGAUUUCCCGGAUCUACCUAGUAUACAGAUCGAUACAGUGAUUUCAGCACCUCCUAGCCCUGAAAUAGAGGAAGAACCUCUCCGUAAACCAAAGAAAUUCGUUUUCAAGAUGAACGAAGAUUCGGGACCACCAAAUUCAGUGACAGAAGCCCGUGAAAAAUUAACUUUGAUAACCUUUGAGGAAGCACCAGAGUGUGUUAAAGAUGUAGCUUCAAAUUUCGUGAAAGACAUUGUUGGAAAAGCUGUUGCUCAAGCAGAAGAGAAGUCUGCUCCAACUACUGCACCCUUUACAUUUGCUGUCAGUGCAAUACAUAAAUUUGCAAAAGACGUAGACCUCAUGAAAACGAAUGGACCUUGGUACAUCCGUGUACGAGAGGCUUUUGUUCGAGUCCUGAGAACGGCAUGUUUCUGCACACCACGUCGGAAUGAUUCCUGAAUUUUGUUUUAAAAAAUCACAGAAUAUUCUCAAUGAUUUCUAAAUGUGUUCGCCCGUGAUACCUUCGAGCCAAUAUUCGCAACAAAGUAAAUUUAAAAAAAAAAUGUGGCUCUUAAAUUCAUUUAGUGUUUCCUGAAACUCCAUGGUCCAUUGAAUGCAUUGGUGUCUCUUUUCUGUAGUUCAGUGUUCAUCAUGGAAUAAAACGUCGGAGCAAAAAAUGGUGAUGUUGUUCAAGUUUGUUGUCGUGUGUGUGUGUUAAUCGUGCCCUCUCAGUUUAUCUAACUGAACCGUUCAAAAAUAGUGGAGGAAUAUCUCUCUAAAAGAGGAAGAUCAGCUUGAUUAGAACCAAAGAUGAUAAUCAAUUUUUGUAAUGGUGACCAAUGAUGCGAAGAUCUUCGCAAGUUAGUUGUUGAAAUUUGCAUCUUGACCCUAUUGAAAUAAAAAUGACAUAGAAACUAUUUUUCCUAACUCAUUGAAUACUUCUACUAUGCAAAUUUGAAAUUGUACAGCAACCAUAAUUAUUAUAAUAGCUGAAGAGUUUUUAUAAACCAGAUUAGGGAUUAUACAUCAAAUUAUUUAUCAGUUUUAUUUUUGAGAAGAAAGCAGAUUUAAAUGAAUCUUGUAAAAAAUAAUAAUGCUUUGCUUAGUUAAAAAAGUAUUUUUUGUUAAAUUGAAGGCUUUAAAAGACAUUGUAUGCAUUAAGUUUAGAAGUAGAUUACAUUAAGGCUUCAAAUUCCUAGCUAGUAUCAUUCCUAUUUUUUUAAAAUUAUAUUAAAGUGAAAAUUAUUUGCUUUGUUGCUUAACUAAAAGUUUUGUAAAAUUUAUGCUAUAGUUUUGCCUUUGUUAGAUCAGAUAUAAAGUUAUUUGUAAAAUCUAAUUGGAAGUAUUACCAUUAAUGUAUUUAAUUAAUUUAAUUUUAAAUUUUCGAUAUUUUGAUUAAAACAAAAAUGAUGAGUAAUUCUUAAGGAAGGUGAUGUAUUUUAAAACUUUUCUUACAAUUAUACUAUUACUUUUCAAAAACCAGAUAUUCUAAAGACAUAAAACUGUUGGCAUUAUUAACUAAUAGAUUAAGAUAUUUUUAAAAAUGAAAUACUAUUUUAAAGAAAUUCUUAAGCUCUUAAGAAUAAGUUUUUCAAUCAGGAAUAAAAUAAAUAAGUGCAGUUAAAAGUUUAAUUACUUAGGUUCUAUAAUAAUUCUCUAAAUACAUUGUAUGUUACUUUUUGUGCAAGCCAAUAUAUUGUUUUAAAUGAUUAUAAUUUUUCAUAGAUACAUAGCUUGUAAUUUGUUUUAUUAGUUUAUAUAAUAACAGUGUUGAAGCAUUUCUCUACGAUUGCUCAAAACUAAAUAAACAGAGUAUAAAUUUUCUUUCGAACAAGUUUCUAAAAAAAAUACGCAAUGUUACGUAUAAUGUGAAAAAGAAUAAUGUGAUAAAUUCAUUCUUCGAAAACGGCAAAGUUAGGUGGAAAUAAAAAUCUGUUAUUUAUUUUUCCUAGAUUACUAACUUUGAAAAAAUUAUCAUAUCUUUAUUACAACAAUUAUUGGUUCUCCAAUAUUUCUAAAACUCUAAAAGGUUUAUUGCAAAAUUCAUUUAAUGUUUCCAAACAUCGGAAAGAUCAAAAAUGCUCAUUAAAACUUUUUUUCCUAAAUAACGCAAAUUGCAAAAAUUAUUUGAAUUACUUAUUUGUUUCAUAAUUAUAGUUGUAACUGAUAGUUGUGGUCUAAAAUAGAAUAUAAUUUCAACUAUUUUACUAAUUACAAAACAGAAUGAAUAUUUAACUCUAGUUAUAUCUAGUUAAUGUUAAAAAUAUUACAUUCGAACGUGCAUAAAUGCGUAUUGUCAAUAAAAAAAUGCUACUAGGUAGGUGGAAACGUUUUUUUUCCUGCCUGAUUUCGAAGAUACUGAAAAAAAUUAACCAAAUCACGUUACUUACGUUGAGUUAAAAGUUUAUCAUUUGAAUUUGAAAUUUGUUACAUCUUAAAUUGCUAUAUCAUUAUCCAGGGCCCGCUCUAAGCAUUUGCCACCUCACUAAAUGCGAUAAAAUCGUAAAUUUGGUGAAUAAGAUUGUUUUUUGGUGAAAGUAUUGGCGAAUAAUUUUUUCCACCGGAAAGAAAAAUAUAUAAAAAAAUUGCUAAGAUUUGCAUUUGGCGAAGACUUUCGAAAAUUAGCGAAUACUUUUCAUGUUUAAUAAUUUAAAGACUAAUAAUUUGAAGUUCUUAGCACGGCCCUGAUUACUGAAAAUUCUCAUCAAAUUUGAUUUAGGUUUCAGGUUGUUCACGUACUAAUUUAUUUUUUUACGAAGCUAAAUCACAAGCUUUAAUCAUAGCACUGCUUUCAAAUAAUCAACACAGGACGCGAAAUAGGAAACGGAUCCAAAAAUUCAUAUUUUGAAAUUUCCAUUUAUAAAGAACUGUUUGAUUGAUUCUGCUCAAAUUUUGAAUUUUGGCAUUUAAAGAUAGAUUGAAAGAUAUUUUGAAUAAUUAAAAAAAUCAUUUGAAAUAUCUUAGCUUAUUAUUAAAAUAAAUAAGACAAAAAUAAAAAUAUUUAAAAAAAACUUAUUUGGCAUAACAUCACAUUCAAAUGAACGAGUUUCAUAAGUUUAAGCAAAUUUUUUUUCUCCUCUUAAGUAAUUUAUUACAUUUGGUGAAAUACACAAAAAAUUUAAAUUAACAUUAAGAAAACCAAACUUUCGACCACUGUCCUGUCUAAAUAAUUGUAACCAUCUCAUCCAGAUUGCGACUACCCCUUUCCAGACUUUGUAGGUCAAGAAAACGGAUCAAUCGGAAAAAAGUAUGUUACUCAGAGAAUGUUAAUUCUUACAAACUAUUUCGUAACAUAAAAUGUAGUCUGUUCUUAUUAAUUUGCAUAUUUAAAGUUAUCCCAUGGAAUGCUUAAAAUUGAAUAUAAAUACAUAAUAAUCCAUUCAUUAGUUAAAAAGUUAUUAAGAUUAAAGAUAUUUCACUUACAAUGCUUUUUUAAACAAUCCAGUCUUAAAAAUAAAUUUUUGAAAAUCAAUAAUUUAUUAUAAUUAAAUACAUUAAUUUUUAAAAGUAACUGAAAGUUUUUUUCUGCUUAUUUAAGCGGUAUAUUAAGAUCUGUGAAGUUAAGAAAAUCAUUCAAACAGAACGCAAAUUUCCG